AUGCCUGCCGUCGUCGACGACCCGGCCAGCCCCACCAUCUACCGCGUCUCCGGGCAAUCCCCGUUCCCGGACCCCGGCGCGCCUCUCCCGGCCACCAUUGUGCCCCGGCGCGUGACCCUGCGGGACCGACAGACCGUGGCCACCAUCCUCCCCAUUGUCUCCGCCGCGCAGCAGGUGCCGGCGUCGCUCAUCACCUACCUCUGCGGGCAAAUCAACCGCGAGAUUGAAGGCGGCGACACGUACCCCAUGAUGGACGCCUUCACGCCGCCCGCCUUUGCCGCGCACUGGUUCCAGAACUUUGGCGCCGUCAUGCUGCUCGGCGACUAUUCCGGCAGCACCGACCGCAUCCCCGACAGCCACGACUGGGCGCGCGACUGCCUGGGCAGCUUCUACAUCAAGCCCAACUACCCGGGCCGCAGCAGCCACGUGUGCAACGGGGGCCUGCUCGUCACCGACGCCUCGCGCAACCGCGGCGUGGGCCGCCUCAUGGGCGAGUCGUACAUUGACUGGGCGCCGCGCCUCGGGUACACGUACAGCGUCUUCAACCUCGUGUACGAGACCAACGUCGCCAGCUGCAAGAUCUGGGACGCGCUCGGCUUCAAGCGCAUCGGCCGCGUCAAGGGCUGCGGCAACCUGCGCAGCCACCCGGACCGCCUCAUCGACGCCAUCAUCUACGGCCGGGACCUGCCGCCGCCGCGCGACGCCGGGGACGCGGGCGCUGGUGACGCCGACGACGGCGUCGUCAGCGAGGAGCGCUUCGACAAGAUCCGCUACUACCUCAAGUUUGGGCGGUACCCGGACGGCGCGGAUCGGGCUGAGAAGAGCCGCCUGCGGUCCGCGGCGACGCACUAUAAGCUGCUCGAGGACGGGGACACGCUCAUGCUCAAGGACAAGCUGGUCGUGUCGGACCCGGCGCGGCAGUACGAGAUUGCGCGCGAGACGCACAGCGUGCAGCACGGCGGCAUCAACAAGACGACGGCCAUUAUUGCGGAAAAGUACCACUGGAGCAGGAUCAAGGAGACGGUCAGCGACGUCAUCCGCCUCUGCAAGGAGUGCAAAGAGCUCGCCAAGGUGCCACCCGGCGCGACGACGACCAGCGGCGGGGGAGUAGCGGUGGCGGCGCAGACAGCGACGACGCGGGGGGCCGUCUCCAAGCCGACAACGCCCGUGGCCGGCGUCAAGCGGUCUCGCUCUCCGUCCCCGGAUAACAGCCACGCUGGUUCAUCAUCCACCCUGCCGCCGCGGAGCGCGCCGGAGAGCGCCCGUCACACGUCGUCUCUGACCACGACGACAGACACCGACCGCGUACUAGGUCUGCGCACGCACCACACAAACAGCACGCUGCUGCUGUGCAGCGGCCUCUCGUCCGCGCCGUCCACCGUCAACCCGCUGCUGCACCACCACCACGGCGGCGACGGCUACGCCAACCCGAGCGACAUUUCCGUCGUGCGGCCCUCCCAGACGACGCUCCACAGCGGCGGCGGCGGGUUCCUGCACAGCAACGGCCACGCAGCACCUCCCAAUGAUGACGACGAUGUCUAUCAGCCCAUUGACCCGCAAAUCAUGAACCACGACGACGAUGCCGCGUUUGACGGCUACCACCCGCACGCCGACUUCCAGGCGUUGUUGAACGCGACCGAGGAGGAUGACGGCGCGGCGGCGGCGGCGGCAGCGGCGGCCGUGGACCGUGACCUGGAGAUGUUGAUUGAGCACGGGGUGGGUGUCGUCGACGGCGAGGACGACGGUGAUGACUGUGGUGGCGUGCUGGGCAAAGUGCACAAGACGCACGGUGGCAGCGCGGGGCUUGAAAGUAAUAGCGGCGGCGGUGGUGAGGGUGUGGCAGAUGCCGACAUGGACGAUUUGGAUGAUUCAUUAUUGCGAGACACGAGAGGAUGGACUUGA